GAGUUGGUAUUAUUCCAAGGUUGCUGCAACUACUGUAACUCAGCUACUGCCAGUAGCACCGAUUUAACCGAGCAGUCUGUAAGUAUGAGACGUACGAACGUACAACUACGAUCGUGACGAUGAUGCUGUUGAAAACCCAUCACACGAAUUGUGAUGGAAAUAAAGGAGAAUGCAUUGUUGUUUUUUAUUUGUAUGCUUUUUUCAAACAUUGCAAUUUUCAUCAAAGUUGUUUUUCUUCAUGAUGAGCCGGUUAAAAAUAUUCAUUUCGUUUUGUAUCCUUUAUAACUUAUAAAUCACUCGGAGAUAUGAGAACAAAAACAUUCGUUUACAUGCUUACAUGCUUACAGUCAAUGUACAAGAAAUAAAAAUUUAUACAAUGAAAGAAAAAUAAACCGUUUGACGGACAAGGUAAGUAUCGAAGGUUACCAUGGGUCAUGCCUUAAAAAUAGAUAAUUUCAACCACCUUAAGAUGAAAAGAAUUGAACCCAGCAAUUUCCGUAAUUGACAUUUAUCACAUGGUGUACUGUAAAACACUUUAAUAACGUAAUUAAUUUGAUUUAUUCUUUUCGUGAAAUACCGAUGGAAUGGAGUUCAAUAAAAGCUGUUUCAUGCGACUUAUUCUUCCUGUUUCAAGCAAUUACCCAACCACACUUUCUUCACUGACCACUGACCCAAAAGAAGUAACGCACUAUUACGGAUGUAAAACCAUGUCCUACAAGCUGAUACACUCCUGAAAGACCUUGCUAGAUCAUUUCUGUUCGCCAUCUGCAGAAGUCUGUACGGGAUUGUUCGCCGCAUUGAGAAGCAUUCCGUACGCGUUUUGCUCAUCGCUGCAUCCUUCGACGAUCGAACCCGAUGUCACUCUCAUCAUACUUAGUUCUUUUUGGUUUUAAUCGUCAGUCGCGUCGGAGGAUGAAUCAUAUAUAAAAUUAUACCAGUAAGUUGAAGCACCUCCAUCCUCUUGGGAUGCUUUUUUCUCUCUCAAGGAAAUCUCCACCAUUUCUCCACGAUUACGACUAGAGAGAAGGAAGGACAGUGGAGAUCAGUGCAAGGUCAUGGGGUCGUGGUAAUUACACAACAUUGACCUACCCACAUGCCUGCUAGAUCCGGACAAUCCUCCCCACAAAUGACCUUUUGAUACGAUCAGCCUUCCGCCCAGAUUUGUACCAUCCGCUAUCACUGAUUGACGACGUGAAAGAAGUCAAUUUUACGCUCAUAUUUUAAUGGCCGUUGCAUGUGGUCCGGGUGUACGUGAAGAAGCGCCUGAUACAAGCAACAAUCAUUACUGUGCGCACUUCGGCACACGGUAGGAUGCAGCGAUGAUGAAUGCAACCGGCCAUGUGCAUAUCUACUAAUCGACGAUGCACUCGGUCUUACCGGCUGACUCAGCUGCUUUGUGCACUUUGUUUAAUUUAUGAGGAUACUUAAAAAUGUUAACCUAUCAGUCAGAUGAGUCGUACGAACUUGCGCGGUGUGUAUGAACUUGCUCACGAUUUCUACCCAUUGCCGCAUCCAAACAAGUUCCGAGCAACGACGAAAAUGCCGUUCACAUCCGUGUUCCAGCCUACUCAAGGCAGUAGAGUUCCUUCUGCCAAUAUGCACGCAUUUCAGGUAUCCAAUUUAAUUCUACGAAACAUGGGAAUUUUAUGACUUGCCUAAAUGGUUGUGCGCAUGGCUUUUCUACGAUUUUUCUUUACUUCUGCGUAAUUGUUCUUUGUUAAAGGAGGUGCAACACCACUUAUAGAUAGGCAAAUAAAAUCUGCAUUUUAUGAUGCAGGUGCAUGGUAAUUUCCGGUAUGCACAAGUGCAAGGAACAUAAUCGUCAGGAAUUAUUUCCGUCUGUGCAUCAUCCGCUUGGUGCAUUAUACAAAUUAUCAGAAAUAUCUCAGAGAUAGGAUCUGAGUAUGUGAAAAAUAAUACUUCCUGUACAUUUUGUUUUGACGCGAAGAAGUUAGAACUUGAUUACCUCGCUUUACCACCCGAAGAUGUCUUCAGUUUAACAACAUUUAUGACAUCAUAGUGAUUUUUCUUCCUUUGUCUUAAAAGUGCUUUUCACUGCCAGAAGGUGUUAUUAGCUUAUUAAGAUUCCAAUGAGGAUCUUCCGUUAAUUUAUUUGAAGCUUUGACUAUAGUCUGAGUAGAUUUAAUUUCUUUAAAUUUAUUUUUAUGGAACUUUUCAUUACUUUCCGUUUUGUUUUGUUCCUUUGCUAAAUGCGCAUUGUAAAAGAGUACCAAUUAAACCACUGAAUAAUUACCCGUAACAAGAGCCUCCAUACGCCUGUUCAUAAAAUCGGUCAUUUCGGGCAGUGUUGCUUAAUUUUGCGCUGAUAACUGUAAAAUGUUUUCGAAACACCAAACAGUCACCAUGGCAUUGAACAGACUUUAUGCGUUUAUUCCAAUGCAAGCUGAUUAAACCUUGCGCUGUUAUACACCAGCGAAAACGUAUCGUUGCACAUUAAUUAUUUCAGAAGUUGAUUAAAAAUGCAGUACUUCGAUAGUGCAUAAGAAGGUCAAAGUAUUAAAUUGGGGAAAAAAACCACAAAUCAAGAUCAAGCCGUAAUGGGAUAUGAAAUAUGGAAAAAGAAAGUUUUGAAACGACGACAGAAUACAGGCUUCCCCCGAGAUACGACCCCCUCGAGAUACGACGAUCCGCAGAUACGACGAUUUUGAUCUUGACAGUUCUUAUUAUGCUCAAAUUGUCAGUUUUUUUUAAUUUUCACCGGCAACCGUUAAAAAUUCAUGGUCUUCACUGAAUAUAAAAAUUAAAUUGUUGGAAUAAACUUAUACAUUCUCGAUAAAUAUUUUAAUGAAAUAUUGAAAAGAUCAAUUAAUAUACUAUUCAAAACGAUUUCUCUAUGAUUUUUUCCUCUAAAAUAUUUAAAUAUAGCUUUCGACUCUCUACGUAUGCUUAUAAACGAUGUAUUUUCGACUUACGACUUUUUCAACUUACGCCUUGCUUCGGGCUCUUUUUUCGGUUCCAAAUACAGUCGUAUCUCGGGGGACGCCUGUACAACAUAUGGGCAAAAUUGUCACGAACCAGAACUGGAAUCGAUACAUUUGUGUUCUGCCAGCCGUUAAACCGUUAUAAUGGUACACGACGAACGAUCUCUUUUAGAACCUGUUACCUCCUGUUACCUUACCCUCCCUGCGACAUGAAACUAGCCAGAGAAUGAAAUUGAUAACAGAAUUCAUUAACAUUUACAUUAACAUUAACAUUUCUUAUAUAUAAGAUCUUCCUCACAUCCGCUUCUGUUUCAUCAUUUUGGUUCAAUAUUUAACGGGCAGAAGUUUGGGUGUGGAUCAUCAAGCUUUAGUAAGUAUUCAGAACCCGACUAGUCCGGACGCGCACGGUUCCUGAGACCACGCGGUGUGAUAUUAUAAUUAGUGCCGGUUAGAGUAUCAAUGUGAAGGUUGCAAAGUUUUAACGCUGGAUAGGUCAAUUUCAUUUAUAACAGACCAUAAAAUUUGAAGCUGGAUGCCCGCUGCACAAAAUGCUACAGGGACGAACGGCUUGGUGCACGAUAUUUGUCCUGGCCAGCUGGUGCCAAACGACGUUACCUCAACUUGCUGGAAUAAAAACCUUGUUGGAGUUCUAUCGUGCCGGUGAUGAGAGUUUGAAGUACGAAAAACCAGAUCAGAGAACUUUGCUUCCCGAGUAUGAUUUCAUCAUCGUCGGCGGUGGAUCUGCCGGUUGUGUUCUGGCAAACCGGCUGACGGAAGUGUCUCAUUGGUCCGUGUUGCUGAUCGAGGCUGGAUGGCGCGAAAGUCUUUUAAUGGACAUCCCAAUGUUUGCCCACUACCUUCAGACUUACAGCACCGUCAACUGGGAUUAUCGGACAAAACCGAGCGAUAAAUAUUGUUUGGCGUUUAAGAACAACCAGUGCCGGUUUCCACGUGGCAAAGUGAUGGGUGGUUCGAGUGUGCUUAACUACAUGAUCUAUACACGUGGUAAUCGCCGAGAUUACGACGCGUGGGCAGCAAUGGGCAACACCGGGUGGUCCUUCAGCGAUGUGUUACCGUACUUUAAAAAGCUCGAGAAAAACGUCGUCCCCGAUGCACACCCGAUGUACGCCGGACGAAAUGGGCCUGUAACAAUAUCGUAUCCCAACUACCGGUCCAGUGUGGCACGAGCGUUUGUACAGGCAAACAUUGAAUCAGGCGUACCGUAUGUGGACUACAACGGGCCCACCCAACUCGGAACCUCAUUCGCGCAAAGUACUACCAAGAAUGGUCAGCGCGUCAGCACCAACAAUGCUUACCUUUACCCAAUACGAAAUCGAAAAAAUUUACAUAUUAUUCGAAAUGCGCACGUCACAAAGGUUUUACUCGAUCGCGACACGAAAAGGGCCACAGGUGUUCAAUAUUAUGCGAACAAACGUUAUCAUAAAGUUCGAGCCCGCCGUGAAGUGAUUCUUUCCGCCGGUACGAUUGGUUCGCCGCAACUAUUAAUGCUCUCUGGCAUUGGACCUGCCAAACAUCUGCGCCUGAAAGGUAUACAGCCCGUCGUUAAUCUCGCGGUCGGAUACAACUUUCAGGAUCACGUAGCGAGCGGUGCUCUAACGUUUCUUAUCAACCGCACCAUAACGCUCACCUCGGAGCGCCUCUUCACGCUGGAAAACUUUAUGGAGUACGAGCACCAACACUCGGGGAUGAUGACGUCGAUCGGGGCGUGCGAGGCACUCAGUUUCCACGACACAACUCAAUCGUCCAAUCGUACCGCCAGCGAUGCUUGGCCCGAUCUGGAGCUGCUGAUGAUUGGCGGUACACAUGCGGCUGAUCGUAUAUACGAGAGUAACUUUAACUACAAGCCCGAAACGUUCAACACGCUCUUCGGUGACAUCGAGCGACGAGGGCUGGAGGGAUAUACGGUGUUUCCGAUGAUUUUACGUCCGCGCAGCAAGGGCCGUAUACGGCUUGCCAGUUCCGAUCCAUUCGUGUAUCCGAUCGUUCAACCGAACUACUUCGACGAUCCGUACGAUCUGGAAAUUUCGGUACGUGGAAUCCGGAAAGCGAUCGAGCUGACGAGGACCAAAGUGCUGAGAAGCUACGAUGCCCGUCUGCUCGAAAUUCCCAUCCCGGGUUGUGAGCAGUACCGGUUCGACACGGACGACUACUGGAAGUGUUUUACGCGGCAUGCUACAUACACGAUCUAUCACCACGUGGGCACGUGCAAGAUGGGUCCGGCCAGCGAUAGACUGGCGGUGGUCGAUUCACGACUCCGAGUGCACGGCAUAAAGGGUUUGCGUGUGAUCGACGCCAGCAUUAUGCCGGAUGUUCCGGCUGGCCACACCAACGGUCCGACGAUCAUGAUCGCCGAAAAGGGUGCCGACCUGAUAAAGGAGGACUGGAAUAUGAGAUAGUUGUGAAGGUUCGAUUUUAAUCGUAUGCAAAAUGUAUUACGUAGUUGUUUUUGUAUUCUCGUAAGAACGGCCAGGUCGUCACAUCAGGUGGUUGUUAUUUAUUGCAUAAAAAAUUAAAGCGUAAACUAAAAUAAACUCAACAAACUGCUCGAAUUUGUUUUUUUUUUAUUUGAAACAACAAUCUUUCACUUGAUCGAUCUAGUGGACACGUUAAAAGACAUGUUUUGACAUUCCUUAAUGAUAAAACCAGUUCAACGGACAAACCUUCGCGAUAGUUACAAACGUUGUAAACAUCAAAGCGUCAGCAUCGUAACACUUUUAUGACGUCAACAGUGUCGCUUUUUUAUUCGAUCCAGAUUAUUCCGCUCUUGAACGAGAAUAGAAACCCCCCAACAAAUAUUCUAAAAACAUAACAAUCAUGUAUCUGGUGGCUUUAGAAAAUUGUUUAAAGAUUAAUCAUUUGCAUAUAGACGUAAAGUUAUUUUUAUUAUCAAUCUAGUUCCUGGCGAAUGUUCAUUUAAUGCACAAGGAAAAAAUUGAUGAAUUUCAUAAUAUACUGAAAUAUUCCAACACAACACUCCCUAGAGAGAAAUUCCUUCAAAAAGAAUCAUGUCAUGUCAUUUAAAAAAAAAUUCUCAAUGCCACACAGAGCUCCCCGAGAAUACGCUAUAAUGAAACAGUGUAAAAACGUCAUUUUAGAAUUCUCCCUAGUUGCUUCCUUUUUUUUUCGUUGGCUUCAUUCUCCUUUGCUCUAGAAUUCACUUAACAUAGUACGCCGCGUCACUAAAAUAACUUGCCACACAUUAAGCUUCAGCCAGUACAAAAACCCAGCCAUCACUUACUUUCGAGGACAAACGAGCGGUGGUGAUCGUAUUUAAACGAACACACGAAAAAGCUCUCCGUCAUCGUCCGGUUGGCGAAGCUAAACCGGAAAGAAAAGAAAAGUCCGGUCAAGGCGAAUGAUAACGCAAUCGAAACUACCACAGCAAACCGUCUACGCGAAGAAUAGUGCAACCGCGAAAAAAAAAUGCAUCCCGCAUCGUGUAGGGCCUGUUACGACGAGGCACAAAAUCACGCUCGCAAAGAAAGUUGCAUUCACGUCGGCCAAGUUCAAGUUUGCAACCACCGCGUAGGUGUGUGUGUUGGUGAGCAAGUAAACUUCACUUACGGAAGCUGCACCGGGUGGGUACGGGGCUCCCCUACGACCUUAUCCGAACGUAGUUUAAUGUUUAAAAAAAAACACAGAAAUGUAAAAACUCACUCCAUGCCUCAGUGCACCGUGCACAGUGUGAGUGCAGUUUUUGGCCGAGGGAAUGUGCAUCGAAGGUUACCGGGCCAUUCAUUCCCCCGGCUGUAGUAUGAGACUACGAUCGGUGGCGGGAAACUUACCCUUCGUUAAAGGGGGGGAAGAGGUGUAAUAGCAAACGGUAGCGCACAGGUGAAUGAGCAGUUUCCCGGCUACCAUUAUCAAUUCAAUAGUGCAUUACCGCCCCCUUUCACUUGAUUCUUACAAGUAAUCUUCUACUACUCCUCGCAUACUAGCAGCUUUAUUGUUUUCUCACCAACUCAUAACAAACAUUUAUCUCACACAUACACAGUGAAUUCCGUCUCUUUUUAUCUUCACCUUUUUAUCUCACUCUUGAUUUACUCACAUUCGAGCAGUUUGUAUGGAACGCACGUAUGUGCGAAAGACUCAUUCGCACACCGUUCUAGUUGUGUUUUCCUGUCUAUAAAGCUGAGAAACUCUCUCCCCUCCCCCCACCCCCCCAGGCAGGAAGGGAGUGGGCCGGAUACUGGAAAAUC